CAAGAAUGCCGCGAAGUUAAGCUAACUUUUACUUGGGAUUGAUGUGUAUAUCGUCAGCUUGAAAUAGCGCCCCACAAAUGGAUAGCAACAGCGAUAAACUAAGAAAAAAACAUAUACGUGACCAACAAAAACGUAUAAGGCCAGGAGAAUGUCAAAAAUAUAUACGUCUCGUCAUCGAUUCUCGUUUUAUGUCCGCCUCCUAUGGUCGUCAAUUUAUAGCCGAGCUUAAUAAUGCUGCAGGCGAUCUAAAGUAUGAAGUUCGUAACUUGGCCCUUAAGGAAUCCAUUAUAUGGGAACGUAGUAGAGGCCAACUAACACUGGCUCUGGAACAAGCCAAUGCUCUAACCGAAGACUGGCAACGGGAAAAGCAAGUGGCUAAAAUAUUAACUCAGGAAGAACUACAACAAAUGAUCAAAAAAGAUAAUCUUGCUCAGCUACCAGAGGAACUAAGUACCAAAUGCCCUAAUAUGCAUCAUAUUGUCAUAUACAUAUCCAAUGGUCAGAAACAAUCUCAUAGCGAGUCGGCAGCUUUAAUUGAACUACAGGUAAUGCAUCAGUUACAUAUUCUACAAAUUAAUAGCUCAAUGAAAGGUCUUGUGGAGGAAUUAAAAAGAUUAACUAAAGCCAUAGCAGAGGCACCAUAUAAACAACAGAAAAAUGAGACAUUGGCAUCGUUUAAAAAGUUUUUGGCCAACGAUAAGAAACAAUGUGUACGCGUUGAAGGUACAAAUGGUUUUGGCCGUUUAUGGCAGCAGCAUUUAAACCGUCUACCCUUGGUCACACUGGAGGUAGCCGAAACCAUUAUAGAACGUUUUCCGUGUCCAAAGCUAUUGAUUGAAGAUUUAAAAAAUAAUUCAGAAGCCGUUAAGCAAAUUGGCGAUUUGAAGAUAAAGCGUUCAGGGCCAAAGGUAUUACAAGUUGAUAGAAGAAUUGGUAAUGUAUUGGCCUAUAAAUUGUAUAUGCUCUAUAAUUGCACAGAUCCCAAUACAUUAAUAUAAAGAAUCGUUAAGAAAUAGCAUUAUGAAAUAUAGCAACACGUUUACAUUUGGUAUUAAUAAA